AUGGAUUCCAUAGCUCCCCAGGGUCAUCGCCGCCGCCGAAGUACCCUAACCGCCAACCCUAACAUCCCUCAGCCGUCUACUUCGCGAACGCCACGGACGCGUUCCACCAGCGCCAAGAGGCCAGGGGAGCUGGAAGGCAAAAUCUCCGAAGAGGAUCAGCGUCGGGACGCGUCAAGAUCGGACAGCAAGGAAGAUGACAGUUUAUCUGAAGAAGACCUGCACGAUGACGAGGAAACAGGUCUGACAAAGAAGGAUAAGCGGAGGAAACAAGCCAAGCGACGGCGCAAUACGAGGUUAGACCAGAGGAUUGCGCGGGACAAGAUUACAGACGAGGAGCGAAAAGAGGCAGACCAGGACGUAUUUAAGAAAUUGGUCGUCAAUGGUGUUCUAAUUGGGCUCUGGUAUCUAUUCUCGCUUUCCAUCUCUUUGUACAACAAAUGGAUGUUCGAUUCAGGCCAACUCAACUUUGCAUUCCCCUUAUUUACAACAGCAGUGCACAUGCUCGUGCAAUUUUCCCUUGCAAGUUUAGUAUUAUACUUUAUACCUUCCCUACGACCCAACAAUGGCCAACAUAAUUCCGACCUGGGCCGAUCGAGACACGAGUCCGAACCUGAACGUCCUAUUAUGACUAAAAUGUUUUAUUUGACGAGAAUAGGGCCGUGUGGCGCGGCAACUGGGUUAGAUAUUGGACUUGGAAACACAUCCCUAAAGUUCAUUACUCUUACAUUUUACACUAUGUGUAAAUCUUCUUCCCUAGCCUUCGUAUUACUAUUCGCCUUUGUUUUCCGCCUCGAAAGUCCCACGUGGAAGCUAGUUGGUAUCAUCGCAACCAUGACAGCUGGUGUGGUAAUGAUGGUAGCAGGAGAGGUCGAGUUCCAACUAGGAGGAUUUAUCCUCGUAAUAUCCGCCGCUUUUUUCUCCGGCUUCCGCUGGGGUCUGACGCAGAUCCUCCUGCUUCGAAACCCCGCCACGUCAAACCCGUUCUCCAGCAUCUUCUUCCUUGCGCCGGUCAUGUUUGCCACGCUGAUAGUAAUCGCGGUACCGGUAGAAGGUUUCUUCGAGCUGAUAGAAGGGUUGAAGGUGCUGGCCAAUGAAUGGGGUGCUCUUAGAACACCUCUUAUUCUCCUCUUCCCAGGAACGAUCGCUUUCUUGAUGACUGCCAGCGAAUUUGCUCUGCUGCAGCGAAGCAGCGUAGUCACUCUUUCCAUUGCCGGUAUCUUCAAAGAGGUCGUCACUAUUUCGGCAGCAGCAUUAGUUUUUGACGAUAAACUUACCCCCAUAAACAUCUCGGGUCUCGUCGUGACCAUUUGUGCUAUUGGCGCAUAUAACUGGAUCAAGCUGUCCAAGAUGCGUAACGACGCCCAAAUGGAAGCACAUAAACGAGGCUACCAGCAGGCGCAAUCAGGUUCAUCGAGCGAGUUUGAACGCGGAAGCGAUUCCGACGAGGAAGAGGCGGGACUUCUAGCUCAUGAAGAAGCGAGCGGCAUCGAAGAUAGUCUACUUGCAGCCGACGGGGAUGUAAUACCGAAUGCAGGCCCCUCCAGCUCGACGGAACCCCACCGGACUGAGCGUUCUCGGGAAGAUUGA